CCUUGGACCUACCAAUCUCAUCAUCAUGUUCUGGCCUCCUAUUCUCAGCCUUCUGAUCAUGUGGUGUGCAGGUUCAAACUCUCAGGAUGUCAUAUCUCAGCCACUUUCAGAAUCAGUGUCACCAGGAAAUUCAGUGAAGCUCUCCUGCGUCAUGAGCAGUGGGUCUGGCAUCACUGGCUAUGCUGUAUACUGGUUCCAGCAGAAGCCUGGGAAUCCCCCCAGGUUCCUCCUAUGGUAUACCUCAGAUUCCAGCAAAGGCCAGGGUUCCGGAGUCCCCUCUCGAUUUUCUGCUUCCAAAGACACGUCCAGGAACACCUGCUACUUAAACAUCGCUGGAGCCCUGGCAGAAGAUGAGGGCGAUUAUCACUGUUUAGUGUGGUACAUCAAUGCUUUUCACAGUGACUCAGUCAGAUGGGGAAGCCAGACAAAAACCUCCUCUGGUCCCUAA